CACCAUUAAAAACACCACAGAAGAAGAAAAGGCGGAAGUUGUGACAGUUGGAAGAGUAUCAUAAAUGUAGCCUAACUUCUGUUUUGGAGCAGAAUAUUUCUGUUUUUUCUUCUCUUAUCACUUCAUAAAUCUGAAUGAAGGUUUGAAAGUGUUUACUGGACUGAGUGGAAGGAUGCUGGCGACCGGAGCGGCUGUGACCACAGCGCUGGCUCAGGUGGACCGGGAGAAGAUCUACCAGUGGAUCAAUGAGCUGUCGAGUCCAGAGACCAGAGAGAAUGCUCUCCUGGAGCUCAGCAAGAAGAGGGAGUCUGUGCCUGACCUCGCCCCCAUGCUGUGGCACUCCUGUGGAACCAUCGCCGCCCUGCUGCAGGAGAUCGUGAACAUCUACCCCUCCAUCAACCCCCCCACACUGACCGCUCAUCAAUCCAACAGAGUGUGUAAUGCCCUCGCUCUGCUGCAGUGUGUGGCGUCACAUCCAGAGACCAGGUCAGCGUUCCUGGCUGCUCACAUCCCGCUCUUCCUCUACCCGUUCUUACACACUGUCAGCAAAACUCGCCCGUUUGAGUACCUGCGCCUCACCAGCCUCGGAGUCAUAGGUGCUCUCGUGAAAACAGACGAACAGGAAGUGAUUAACUUCCUCUUGACCACAGAGAUCAUUCCUUUGUGCCUUCGCAUCAUGGAGUCCGGCAGCGAGCUCUCCAAAACGGUCGCCACGUUCAUCCUGCAGAAGAUCCUCCUGGACGACACGGGACUCGCUUACAUCUGUCAGACCUACGAGCGCUUCUCUCACGUCGCCAUGAUCCUCGGUAAAAUGGUCCUCCAGCUGUCAAAAGAGCCAUCAGCUCGCCUCCUCAAACACGUGGUCCGCUGCUACCUGCGCCUGUCCGACAACUCCAGGGCCCGUGAAGCUCUGCGUCAGUGCCUUCCCGACCAGCUCAAAGACAUCACCUUCGCCGCCGUGCUCAAGGACGACACCACCACCAAGCGCUGGCUGGCCCAGCUGGUGAAGAACCUGCAGGAAGGUCAAGUGACAGACUCGCGGGGCAUCCCCCUCCCCACGCAGUGAUCCCCCUCUCCUCUGUGAGGAGCACCAGCACACACCUGCCUGACCACAGAGUAGCUUCAGUGAUGGACUUCUCUGAUUGUUUCAAAGACUUUAAAGACGGCGUCUCGCCUGCUCUCCAGGAUUCACAGACGACGCAGUGUUCUGCUGAUUUCAGAUCAAUAAACUGUUGCACAACAAACAAACAAACAGCCUCAGACCUUUUAACCUGCUGCAGAAACAAAACCUUCAAAUGAUCUCACAGCGUUGAGACUGUCUUCCUCAAUUGAGUGAUUUAUUGAUUGAUGCACUGCUGCUCCUUCCUUUUCUGCUGUGAAGAAAUAAAGACUUAGUUUGUUUUCUUUGGAAA